AUGCCUAGACCUAAUAGAAACAGCUCAAUAAGCUCGAAGUCAACACCCAGUCGAUCCAGAUCGGCCUCUAUCGUGGUGCCAACCGUGGUAACGCCAGAUCCAAAAAGAAACCACUCAUUAUCUAUAUCUUCCGUGACACUGAAUGAAUCGGUUAACAAUGACGUAUUGAAUGAUUUGAAGCUGCAGGACGCCUACAAGCCUUCUUCCAAGGGAAAGGUCCAUCUCAUGGACGAUGUUGAUUUGGAAAAGCAACUUAUACUUACUGCGGGCGGUAAACGUGAAUAUGUCUGCGGAUUUGUAUUGAAGUUGUUGUUUCUCUGUGCUGUAGUGCUGGGGUGUUCGGUGCUUAUUUUCUAUGCGUUGUAG